AAUGGUUCCAUCUGUAUUCGGUGCAGGAGCUAUUCCUGGGGAUAAUCUAUUUGCUACCUGGCUGCUUUCAAUGACCUUGGGAUGUGUCUGCAGAGGAUGGGCGUCUGGUUAAGAAAUCUUGUGAAUGAAGCUCGGCUGGUUCUGAUGUGUGUGUGUGUGUGUGUCUGUUUGAUAUUCUCAUCACAGCCUGUGAUUCAGUCAGGGAGCUGAUCACAAGAAGUGUAUACUUUUGACGUCAGAGCGGAGAUUUAUCACCACCCCAUUUGGGCAUCGCAUCCACCGCAUUCAAUUCACCAAAUCUAGUGUUUGAUUAGCAAUGUCAGCCACUGAAUAAACCUGCAAACCGGAGCAAAGAUCCUCCCCAUCAGAACCGAUUAAAGCCCAGACUACCAGCAUCGAGAACGGAGCACAGGAGCCGAUGAUGCUUUUCAUGCCUCCAGUUAUGAAUGGUCAGGCCCGAAACAACUCGAAGCAGUCCCUCAGUUGGCUCUCCUCAGACAACAAUAACUCCUCAGUCACAACCUCCGACCUAGCCACCGAGACAGUCAAUCCGUGGGACAUCGCCCUGUGUGUGGUGGGGACUGUCAUCUCCUGCGAGAAUGCCAUCGUGGUGGCCGUGAUCUUCUACACGCCGACCCUCAGGACUCCAAUGUUCAUCUUGAUCGGGAGCUUGGCGUUGGCUGAUCUCCUCGGAGGAGUGGGCUUGAUCCUCAAUUUCAUUUUCCUUUACUUGCUGAACUUCGAAGCCGCUAGACUGGUGUCGGCCGCCCUUCUGAUCGCUUCCUUCUCGGCUUCAGUCUGCAGUUUGCUUGCCAUCACCAUGGACCGUUACUUGUCUCUGUAUAACGCACUGACAUAUCACACAGAAAGGACCACCACGUUCACUUACCUUGUACUGUUCGCCAUCUGGGUCACAUGCAUCAGUCUGGGGUCACUUCCCGUCGUGGGCUGGAACUGCUUGGAAGACGAGACGUCUUGCAGUGUCAUCAAACCCAUCACCAAGAACAACGCCGCUGUCCUCUCGGUCUCCUUUCUGCUGAUUUUCGCCCUGAUGUUGCAACUGUACGUUCAAAUCUGCAAGAUCGCCUUCAGGCACGCUCAGCAGAUCGCUGUGCAGUACCAUUUCGUGGCCACCUCCAGCACCUCGACCAGGAAGGGGAUCUCCACGUUGUCGGUCAUCCUCGGCACCUUCGCUGCUUGCUGGGUCCCUUUUGCAAUCUACUGCUUGAUUGCAGACUCCAGUUACCCGCUGAUUUACACCUAUGUCACCGUGCUACCGGCGACUUGCAAUUCAGUGAUUAAUCCUAUUAUUUAUGCAUACCGGAACCCUGACAUCCAGAAAUCGCUCUGGGUCGCAUGUUGUGGCUGUAUCUCAUCUAAUUUCUCAUUUAGACCAAGGUCGUCCAGUGACGUAUAGUGUCUUCUGUUUCGUGGGAUUUUAUUUUUUUUAAAACAAUUAUUAUUUGUAAUUUUUAUUUUUUUACUGGAAGUUAUUUUCAAAGAAGUACACAUUUUUUAUUUUGCCCGCUGUAUAAACCAUGUCCAACAAGGGAAAGUGCGCUUUUCGGGAGCAGCUUUUUCCACAUCAGUGCAUUCUCGUGAUAUGCGCCCCCAGCGGUUUCCAGUAGAAUUGUGAUGAGAAACUGCGUUAUUCCAGACGGGGCAAAUGCGACUUGAAUUGAUGUAAAGAUACAACGUAUCCACUGAUGAACUAGCCCUGUGUGGGGAAAACAUGUUAUUUUGUUCCCCCCAAAAGUCUGCCACUUAGAGAUACGGGCCAUGUUUAGGAAAAGGGUAGAUAUUGUUGGAAUGUUGUAAGGGUCACUUUGUACCUUCCCCAGCGGUCCAUGAACACUAAUGGUUACUAGCCUCCAGUUUAAAGCACUAUUGGUCUGUGAUGCACUUUAAACUACCUAAAUUGAGAGCCCAGUGCUCUAAACGUCUUUAAAGAUCUACCUAGUGUAUUGUGAUAAGAAAACAACAUGAUUUAUUUAUGUAAAUGUAUCUGUCCACCUGUCAAUCCCACACCUACCCAUCCACUAUUUAUCAUUAGUUGAAGCCUGAAAUUCCAACUGUGACGGGAUUCUAUUUUCUACAGUGGAGGUUUAACUGUUCACAUCCAAUAGAAACUGCGCAUUAUAUUGGUCACAAGAUUGUGAGAGUGUCAGGAUGAUUUACUGUAUUUUCCAGUUGAUCCCUGAGCGUGAUGUGGUCUGGUGCAGUGAGCAUUAUCCCGCAGCAGCGCAGUUUCAUCUUCAAGCGCACCUUGGUCCCUUACUGCGGCUCUUUCCUCCUGUUUCUUAUUUGGGGUAUCUUUUAUUUUCUGAUUUGUACCAAUACCUCAAAUUGUGAGUGUUCAUGUCACCCUGUGAGCGAAACCCCUUGCCUUUUGGGGGUGGGUGGGGGGGUGGUGGGAGCUGACCAGAGUAGAAAACCCACUCGAAAUGGCAGUUUUUAAUCAUUAAUAAAUUAGCACAAGAAAGUUCAUCCAGUGUCAUACUAUUGAUUACCCUCUGAAAAUAGGCUGAGGGAUACAGAUAGAUCCUUUCCCAGGAGUCAUCGUGCACUUUGUAAUUCUGUCCGUUUAUCAGUAGAGACAACUGUAGACAUAAAGUCCUUUUGCCAAUACUCACCACUCUGAAUGAGGAGCCCCAUACUCAGAGCUACAGUUCACUCAGUAUUUGCCAACGGUUUUGAACCUGCCCGAGUAGGUUUGUUGAACUAGAUGUUUCCUCCCCACCCCCCACCUUAAAAUUGCACUUUAUCAAACAAGAGUAAAUUUUUAAAGACAAAUGUCACUUCCUGCACUGUCAAAUGUCUGAGAAGCCUAUUUAUCUGCUGAGAUGGAUUUAUUUUGUUAUUGUUACAUAUGACUGUAAACAGCAUUAACGACCUUUUUGCAAAGGGUAAAUUGGAUUAAAAUAAACAAUAUUUUAGGAAUCAACCUUUUGUUCUGUGUUGCUCUGCUGUCGAUUGUUUGCAAAUGGGUAGCAGUCUGCAUGAUUGGAGCCUGCGCAUUGAGUUGCUGUAACGACCUGCAAUGCUGAUUUAUCGCCCGAGUCAGAUUCCAGGAGCCUUCGUAUAGUUCGUCAAAUUCUUGUUCCCAUCUCGGAUUCUCUGGCCUCAUUGCCAAACCGCUAGGUCAAAGCCAGGCUGAUUGGAGUGCCCAUCAGUUAAGCGCGUCAGGAAUACAUAAGGUGUGAUAUCCAGUGGGCAACCUCGAGAAUUUUGCGCAGUCAGUUCCGAAUGGAGAAAUAUUCCCGUUUGAAGACAGAGCCUCCCAUAUA